AUGGACCCCGAGUCUCCCCCCCGCGAGCUGGAGCUCUCGGCGCUCGAGGCCGAGAAGGAGCCGAUGGCCGCGGCCGAGCCGGGGACCCCCCCCCAGCCCCCCUCUCCCCACCGCGACCCCUCCCCGGCCCCGGAGCAGCGGCAGGGCGGCGAGAAGAACGGCCUGGUGAUGAAGAUCCCCCCCGAGGAGGAGGAGGAGGCGGCUCUGGGGGGCGCGGGGGCCUCGGGGAGCCCCAAAUUCACGGGGCUGGGCAAGGAGGAGCUGCUGAGGGAGGCGGGGACGCCGCUCUGGGCCCGGGCCCGCCUGGUGCUGCUCGUGCUCUUCUGGGGGGGCUGGCUCGGGAUGCUGGGGGCCGCUGCUGCCAUCGUGGCACAAGCCCCCCGAUGCCAGCCCCUGCCCGACAAGGCCUGGUGGGAGCUCGGGGCGCUCUACAGGGCCCCCCCCAAGGCCUUUGGGGGCGAUCUGAAAGGUGAGGAGGGGUCUUGGGGGGUGCCCUGA